AUGCAGAACACCAUUGAUAUCACACCUCUUGAAGAGGAACCUCCAACGAAGCCAACUGAAAAUGUUUAUCGAAAAAGGCAUGCAUCUCUCAUGCCAUCCUCCUCCCCUCGUCACAGCUCUCGCCAUUACUUUCAGAGAAGAUUAUCCGUACCAGAUCUCCAUCGUCUAAAAAAAGAAUGGGGCAAAUACCAAUCGUCUGGUAUAGAAGAUCUAGAGUUAUCCAAGUUACAGGUGGACUUGCUUAAUAUUCAAUCGGAUAUUCCACUAAAAAGACCAUUAAUACGAGUCAAAAUGGGAUCUUCAAAGUACUAUACCAUGCGUUCCCGUUCUCCUACUGGAGAUUGGAAUGAAGGAUUUGUAUUUGUAGUAACUUAUCACACUCAAUUGUUUGAUACUAUAGAGUUUGAUCUCUAUGACCAGCCUAGAAAGCGAUGGCCUUCGAAUGUAAAACAUCUUGGAAAAGCCAAACUCAAGUUAUCCAAAUUAGCCGGUAAAGACGAUAUUUUUGUAACAUUUUUGCCCGUAUAUGAAUACCAUAUUCGUCGAUCUUUGCCUGCCGAAAUCCUUGAUACUCUGCAGGAAUCUUCGCUCCGGCUGAAGAAGAUGGUCGAUGCUGCAGUCCCUCCUGCAAAGCUUAUCGGCUCUCUACAGAUACGAAUCCGAUACCAUUUCCAGCAGCCUUCAGAUGUCCCCACUCUUGCCAUAGCACCAUAUCCAGAACUACUCCAGCAGCGAGGGUGCAACGGCGCAAAUAGUAUCGUUUCUGAGAGUGACGAUGAUCAACCAGGAUAUUAUUCGGACACAGCAUCCAUAAACACAGCCAGUCCUGUGCAGAAAUUAUCAAUAGGUACUAAUAAUAUCAUCAACAACAACAACGACAACGACAACGACAAUCAGCCUAGAUUAUCAGCCGUCGAUGGCUGCAUAGACGAAACUGGGGUCUGGCCUAUCACCACUUUCCCCACCGGAAACACACUUUCUCCUCCUGAUAACACGCCCCGCAACAACAGUACUUCAUCCCAGCAUAACCGAGGAGAGCUUGCUCAAGACGAGCACGUCGUCAAUUCUUUAUUUAUGAACCGCCUCAGUACAAUCAUGACCUCACAAGUACCCUGCUCUAAGCAAAAUACCAUCAAUACCUUUCAGAGACCAAAUAUAUCAGCAACAAGCAGUCGAGAAGGAUUAAACAGCGACAUUGACUGGAGACAGAACGAGUCCCGGCUCGAACUCCACCCAAACUCAUUACGCUCAAGUACGACUAAAACUAGAGACUGUCAAUGGCUCCGAGCCAUUCUCUGGCCCGUAAAUAGAUCAAAACUUGCGUCGAAUCGCGGACGACGCUACGGAUUCUCUCAGAAUGAUGCUGAUGAGACCCAAUCGACUCUCCCGACAAUCAGAAUCCAAGACGCAAACAAUAACGAUAAUGCUAAUGCUAAUGAUAAUGCUAAUGUUGAUAACGACAGACACAAAGGCAAAGAAAAAGUAAAAGAAAAAGUAAAAGAACAAAAGGGUCGAAUCAAAAAGGGAGCAGAAAAGGCUCGGUACAUUAUCCACAGUGUGAAUUUUGGAGACAAGAAUUUUGGAUUUCAGUGGAUGCAGGAUUCUUUUGAGGAUGUUGCCAUUUCACAUCCAUUGAUCGAUUCACUUGUUGGUUUGGUCGUUAGUGGGCAGACACGCGCAAUGGUGCGGGCCCUUAUAAAGCUGGCAAAUGCAUUUGGUCAAGGGUUCAAGGUUACAGGCUUUCAAUUAUUAAAAGCAAUGUUGGUAUUACAAAAGUACUACCAAUCAUUACCAGAGCCUCCUCCCGAACCUCUUAUUUAUGACCGCACGUUGGUCAAUGACUCCCGCCAUUACUUUGACUAUGCGCUCAUAGCCUAUGGAUGGCGUGGUCUUGUCUAUUUGGGGGCUUAUGGUCAAUAUAUUCGAGGAGCACGGCAUCGUCGGUCCAAUCGUAUGGCCAUCCUACGCUACCUUCAAAUACCUCCUGAAGACUUGCUAGGGUACGAAUAUGGAUUACGCAAAGGAGCAGCAUUCCAACCAAGUUAUUUUCUUGCCAUAGACCGCUCUCGAAAAGCAAUUGUGCUCAGUAUCCGUGGUACUUGGAGUCUCUAUGAUGCUAUUACCGAUCUAGUCUGCCUCUACAAGCCUUGGAAAGGAGGUUUGGUGCAUUCAGGCAUGUUGGCAUCGGCCCAAUGGUUCUAUACAGAAAUUGUCCCUCAGAUCUUCCGCUACAUCCAUCACCAUAGAAACGAACUUUCCUCCUUUAUCAUAACUGGCCAUUCACUUGGAGGAGGUGCGGCCAGUCUUUUGACAAUGAUGGUUGUCGAUCACCUUGAGGAACUUCGUGAUAUCUCUCGCAACCCCACUUUCACACUUCGAUGCUAUAGCUAUGCACCCGUUGCCUUGAGCUCGCAACAGCUCGGUAGUCAGUACGAUCGUUUUAUUUAUAGUUUUAUUUGUCAAGAUGAUAUUGUUGGAAGACUUUCGUAUGGUACUGCUAUGGAACUAAAAGAGCUGGUAAUGGACACAAUCGGAGCGUAUGAAACCCUCGGCGGCUGGCGCAAGGUAAUGUAUGACUCUGAGACUCGCGAGGUUUGCUUUGAGAUCAUCUCUAAGCGUCGUAAGCAAAUCUACAAUAAUGCAGAAGAGUUAUAUCCUCUGCUCUAUAUUCCUGGGAAAAUUAUUCAUAUAGUCAGGAAACGUGAGAUGCGUUUUGGUGGAAACGAGCGUCACAAGAAGGAUGGACCCGAGGCGGGAGAGAAUAGACGAGGAAAGGAAUCCAAACGAGAGUCUGUCUCGAAACACAUUCCAGGCGCCAGUCGACACACUUACACAAUGCAUGUAGGAAACCGCGCAAUAUCAAAUGAAAUGCUGGUGACAACAAAGAGUGUGGAAGACCAUAUGAUAUCAAGCUAUCGAAAUGCAUUCAGUCAAUUGGGCGCCAGUAGUCCAUCUUAAUCAUCAUCAUUAACUUAUUAACACCGGUUCUUUUACUCUAUACCCCCCACCCCCACUCUUCCAAAAAAGAAACAUACAAACAUAUAUAUAUAUAUAAAACAAACAAAUAGAAAAAGAGAUUCGCCUUAUGUAUUCAUCACUUGCUUGUUGUAUAAUAAAGAAGCAUAUAAUAUAAUAUAAUAU